ACGUGCUGCAGCCUGCAAACCACAAACAAUCUGCUGCAACAUCAGGCCGCGCCCCCGAGAGUCACACAGGGCCGGCGUCGGCUUCACUUCUCCUUCUUCUUCUUCUUCUUCUGGUGUCGGUGCCGGCGGCGGCGGCGGGGAAGGAUGGCGGAGCUGGAGGGUUUGGAGUUCGGCAAGUCGGACUUCGUUCUGCUGGACGAGGUGACGAUGGAGCAGUUCAUGGAGAACCUGAAGCUGAGGUUCGAGAAAGGGCGUAUCUACACGUACAUCGGGGAGGUGGUGGUGUCUGUGAACCCGUACCGGGAGAUGGACAUCUACGGGGGCCCCGCCAUCGAGGCGUACCGGGGCCGCGAGCUGUACGAGAACCCGCCGCACCUUUACGCCGUCUCCGACGCCGCCUACAAGGCCAUGAAGAGACGCAGCAAGGACACCUGCAUCGUUAUCUCAGGUGAGAGCGGCGCGGGGAAGACGGAGGCCAGUAAAUACAUCAUGCAGUACAUCGCCGCCAUCACCAACCCGGGCCAGAGGGCCGAGGUGGAGAGCGUGAAGAACGUGCUGCUGCAGUCCAACUGCGUCCUGGAAUCCUUCGGAAACGCCAAGACGAACCGGAACGACAACAGUAGCCGCUUCGGCAAAUACAUGGACAUCAACUUCAACUUCAACGGGGAGCCGACCGGGGGCCACAUCAACAACUACCUGCUGGAGAAGUCCAGGGUGGUCCAGCAGCAGGAGGGAGAGAGAAGCUUCCACUCCUUCUACCAGCUGCUGCGUGGAGGUUCUGAGGAGACGCUGCAGUCGCUGCACCUGCAGAACGACCCGGGUCUGUACGUCUACACCAGGGAGGGAGCCGGAGCCGCGACCUCCACCAACGACCGCUCCAGCCACCGGGAGGUUCUCAGGGCCCUGGAGGUGAUCGGGUUCUCGGCCCCGGAGGUGAAGUCCGUGUUCCGGAUCCUGGCCUCCAUCCUGCACCUGGGGAACCUGCGGUUCGAGGGCGACGGCGAGGCCGUGCAGGUCCUGGACCCCGGGACCGUGGACCACAUCGCGGAGCUGACGGCCACCGAGCCGGACCAGGUCCAGAAGAGCCUGCUGUUCCGCACCGUGGCCACCGGGGGGGGCGACGUCAUCGAGAAGGAGCACACGGAGCAGGAGGGACGAUUCGGCAGGGACGCCUUCGCUAAGGCGCUGUACGAGCGACUGUUCGGUUGGAUCGUCAGCCGCAUCAACGACAUCAUCCAGGUGAAGAACUACGACCCGGUGCUUCACGGGAAGAACACGGUGAUCGGGGUGUUGGACAUCUACGGCUUCGAGAUCUUCGACAACAACAGGUUUGAGCAGUUCUGCAUCAACUACUGCAACGAGAAGCUGCAGCAGCUUUUCAUCGAGCUCAUCCUGCAGCAGGAGCAGGGAGAGUACCAGAGGGAGGGAAUCGCCUGGCAACACAUCGACUACUUCAACAACCAGAUCAUCGUGGACCUGGUGGAGCAGCCGCACCGCGGCAUCAUCUCCGUCCUGGACGAGGCUUGUCUGGGCGUGGGACGGGUGACGGACACGCUCUGCCUGGAGAGCAUGGACUCCCAGCUGGGGGGGCACCCGCACUACACCUCCCGCAAGCUCAGCCCCACAGACAAAACCAUGGACUUCCAGAAGCAUUUCCGUAUUCGCCACUACGCCGGCGACGUCACAUAUUCCGUUGAAGGUUUUCUGGACAAAAACAAAGAUCUUCUCUUCCAAGACUUCAAGCGGCUCAUGUUCAACAGCUCCGACCCGGUUCUGAAGGAGAUGUGGCCGGACGGCCAGCUGGGCAUCACGGAGGUGACGAAGAGGCCGCAGACGGCCGCCACGCUCUUCAAGAACUCCAUCGUCCAGCUGGUGGACAAGCUGGCCUGCAAGGAACCGUACUACGUCCGCUGCGUGAAGCCCAACGAGCUGAAGUCUCCGGUUCUGUUCGACGAGGCGCGCUGCCGCCACCAGGUGGCGUAUCUGGGCCUGCUGGAGAACGUGAUGGUCCGGAGAGCCGGGUUCGCCUACCGACAGCUGUACCCCCGAUUCCUGCAGAGGUACAAGAUGACGUGCGAGUACACCUGGCCCAACCACCUGAUGGCGUCGGACCGCGAGGCGGUGGAGGCGAUCAUCACGCAGCACGGUUUCCAUGACGACGUGGCCUACGGACACACCAAGCUGUUCGUGCGGACGCCGCGGUCGCUGUUCACGCUGGAGCAGGAGAGGAGCAACCUGAUCCCCAUCCUGGUGCUGUUCCUGCAGAAGGUGUGGCGCGGCGCCCUGGCGCGGCGGCGCUGCCGGCGUAUGCGAGCCGUCUACACCAUCAUGGGCGUGUACCGGCGCUACAAGGUGAAGGCUCAUUUCUGGGAGGUGGAGCGGAUCUUCACCGGCGUCAGGACCACGCCCGACUACGGGCGGAGCCUGCAGUGGCCGACGCCCCCCGCCGCCCUGGAGCAGUUCCACAACAUCACGGUGCUGCUGCACCGCAGGUGGUGGGCCCGGCAGAUCGUGAAGAACAUCCCUCCGUCCGAGACGCCGGAGGUUCGGGCCAAGGUGGCGGCGCUGACGGCGCUGAGCGGAGAGAGGAAGGACUGGGGCGUCGGCCGGGCCUGGGAGAGGGACUACCUGGCUAAUGUGCGGGACUGCCCCCAGACAAGCUCCGCCUUCAUCCGGGUCACCAAGGAGCUGAAGAACCGGGACGGAUACGGACACGUGGUUUUCUCUGGUCUCUGCAGGAAGGUGAACCGGUUCAGCCGGAGUUCGGACCGAGCCCUCCUGGUCACCGACAAACUGGUUUACAAGCUGGACCCGCGGAAACAGUUCAGAGUCCUGAAGAGGUUCCCGCUGGAGACGCUAACGGGUGUUAGCGUGACGUCCGGCCCAGACCAGAUGGUGGCGCUGCACACGGCCGUCCAGGACGACGUCCUCAUGUGUCUCCAGAGGGGACAGCUGGGACCAGAGCAGGACCGGGUGGGGGAGCUGGUGGGGGCCCUGGUGGACCACUUUACCAGGACCAGGAAGGUCCACUUCCCGGUGAAGGUGUCCGGCCCGGUUCUGCAGCUGCACAUGCGGGGCCGGCCCAGGAGCGUCGCCGUGGAAACCAGGGCGGGGCUGGCGGCCGCCGACUUCAAGAAGAGCCGGGACGGCUUCGUGCUGCUGCUGCCGACCGUCUGACCCCGGGGGCCCGUCGCCGUGGAGAUGGCCCCGUCGCCGUGGAGACGAGACUCUGCUGGUUCUGUUGGGGCCCGUCGCCGUGGAGACGGCCGGAGGCGGGACUUUGCUUAGGGGGGCGGCGGCUUGAACGCUUGAGUGCGGGUCGAAGGCUAUCGCCUACGGCUAGCGGCGGCGGCGGCUAGUGGCGGCGGCUAGCGGCGGCGGCUAGCGGCGGCGGCUAGCGGUGGCGGCUAGCGGCGGCGGCUAGCGGCGGCGGCUAGCGGCGGCUAUCGGCGGCGGAUCCGUCCAUCACACUGUAACUGCUCUGAUGUUUUUGUUAUUGAAGUUGGAACAAAACUAAAGAUAAAAGCACUUUU